AUGGUUGCGGAAAGUGCUUUUCAGGCGUGUAAAAUCGGAGAUAUUAACACUCUAACAAAACUUGCAAAUAUUGAGGAAUCGCAUGUUGAUGGCAAUGGGGCCUGUUGUUUACACUACGCCGCCCGAGGUGGUAGUGUGGCCGUCGUCGAGUAUUUAGUUAAAUCUCGGGGGUUUUCUGUCUUGGCUCGAACAAAAACUGGGGCUACGGCUCUUCAUGAUGCCGCUGCCAGGGGGAAUACGGCUGUUGUGAAGUGGUUGGUGGAAGAAGGCGGUGUAGCCGUGAAUAUCCUGGAUGGUUCUGGUGUUACUGCUCUGCAUUUAGCGGCGAGAUAUGGCCAUUUUCUUACGGUCGAGUGGCUGUUGGAUGAAGCCAGUGCAGAUGCAUCAAUAAGAAGUAACGAAGGAGCUCUUCCUUUGCACUUUGCUGUUGUAGGUGGAGACAUGAACUGUGUGAAAAUUCUAGUAGAUGAAAAUCCAAGGUUGGUCAAUAUGCAGAUGAACAACGGAGCAGCCCCUAUUUAUUUAGCCAGUCAGGCUGGACACCUAGAAAUCCUCCAGUAUUUGAUAAGUCGAAAGGCAGCAACAAAGGUCAAGGCAUAUGAUGCUAUGUCCUGUCUCCAUGCAGCUGCUCAGCAGGGACACCUGGACAUAGUGAAGUGGCUUGUUACAGUAGAUAAGAGUAAUCCAAAUGACAGAGACUUUGAUGGCUCCACACCCCUCCAUUUUGCAGCCGGUAGAGGACAUGCUGAUAUUGUGAGGUGGCUACUCAAGGAAGGAGGAGCAAAAGUCACUCUGGAUAACUUAGGAGGCAGCCCCUUGCACAGUGCAGCAGAAAUGGGAGAACUACAAAGUAUCCAAGCGCUGCUGGACUGCGGAUGUGAUGCAGACAUCACAGACAAUGCUGGACUGACUGCUGCUGAACUUGCUGAUAAAUGUGACCAGCCCCAGGCCGCUGCUCUUAUACGAGGCCAGGUGACCUUAGCCGACCUCGGACUCCACAGUUCUACUCUGCCCGCGGUAGGAAAUUACAUGAAAUUUUUGUUCUUCCAUCCAUCACCAGCCUUGUCAUCAAAAGGCAUCCGAGUCACCAGCCAGAACUCUAACUUCAGGACCGGCAACUCUCAGCCUCCCACUUCCCCACCACUACCUCCACCACCAGCUUAUUCCCGCUCUGUUGCUUCCACUCCAUCCACUGUAGACUCACCCAUCUCUCCCCCACCUCCCAUACAUGAAGAUGGGAGGGAAUCACUGCGUGUUGCAGGUUAUGGUUUUUUGAAGAAGUCUGCAGAAGUUGAAAGGACUGAGCGACCUUCAUUUAAAAGAACAGUCUCUGAGGUGUCAG